UCCAAUUCUCCGUUGCUGUCGCAUGAAGUAGAGUAUGAAAGUGUCGCUUUGAGCUUCUCCGUCUCCGACGACGUUGCUGUCCUGCUUCGCGUGAAGCUUCUCCAACUCCGACGACGUCGUGAUUGCUGCGGGUCGGAAGUCGCGCAGGAGCUCGCCGAGAAGUGCCAGUUUGCUAGAAAAAGGACUCAUCCACCAAGAAAAGUUUGCAACAAAUAGGGGAAUUUUGGCAAGCUGUACCUCUACACGGUAGCAGAGUAAUGGAGACUGUUUCAAGUUCAAGUUUGACAACUCCCUUUCCUGUUGGUUACAAGAAAACUUCCUUAGAAAUCAAGGGAAACAAAACAGAUGUAGUAGUCUGCAGAUAUGAUGAUUAUUUUAUGGUCAUGGUGACUCAGAUAGGAUGUGUGGGAACAAUUCUUCAUGCCAGGAAGGAGGAAGGUUUUGCCAGUGAUCCGACUUUUAGUGUCUCUGUCAUAUUUGGUAAAAGAGACGAGCCACUGCUUGAUGCAUGUGGACGCCAACUGAUUGAACAUAUUAGUUCUUGUGGUUCAUCCAGGCCGCUGGUUCUAACUCUUGGCUUGAAGGAGCACUCUCGGGGAACUCUGAAAGAAAUUAUAUCUGCUGUUAUUGAGAAUCGGCUUUGGUAAUAUACUGCUUCUUACAGCGAUCUUACUACCAAUGUUUAUCAGAAGUAAGAUGUAGAAGAGAUUUAGUUACUGAUUAGUAAAUAGAAUGAAUGGAGCAUGUGACUAACCUUGUGUUAUUAGCCCUUACAGCUACAUACAUUCAUUCAAUCUGCAUAGCUUUUUGAAUUAGCUUGUUCUGGCAACUAUAUGAGUUGGUCCCUUCAGUAUUUCUGUUUUUCAAUA